AUGGCUCCUUCCUUUGCUGAGGAACUGCACGUCCGUUCUGCUUACCGCAAGGUGACACUGACACUUUGCAGACGACUUCACACACGGCCCUUCACCUUCAUCAUCGGGGAAGAUGAGACUCUGGUAUACGAGCACGGCGGGAUCAUCUCUGCGCUAUCGGCACCGCUCGACCGCCUGAUCAAUGGCCCAAUGGGAGAAGGUCAAUCCGGCAUCGUCAUCUUCCCGGAGCUUGAAGUGGGGGACUUCGAGCGUAUCUGCGAAUUCGCUUACAGAGGCGACUACAAGCCACCAGCGCCGACGCGGUUCCUCGAUACGGAAGUCGAUAUCGGGAAUGACAUGUGGCUGCUCGACGGCGCUCUACAGGCCGCAUCCCCCGCGGUUAACGAUUCGGGAAUCCCGGCUGAGAGGCAGAGGGAGAGGGAGAGGGACAGAGAAGAUGAACUAUACCAAGAGGUGGUUCCACUCAGCGGAACGACGCGCAAGGAAUACUUCGAGGGGAUUGAUUGCCCGGGAACCGGCAAUACGCAGGCGGAGAUCAUUCAAUCCUUCUCUGCACACGGAAACAGAUCCUGGCGCGAGAACUUCGCUCCGGUCCUCCUCGGCCAUAGUCGUCUCUACGCAUUCGCCGAGCAGUACCUAAUCCCGGAGCUGAAGCAGCUGGCUUUUGCAAAAUUAAAACUGACACUCACUCAAUAUACACCCUUCGUUUCUAGCCUGGAUACAGUCAAUCAGCUUGCUCAAUUCGCCUACGACAAGGUCUACAUACAGAAUAGGGCGGAGGGCAGGGUGGAUCCGCUAAGGCAGCUGGUAGUAGCUUUCAUCGUCAUGCACCACGGGCAUUUCAGGGAUUCCACGGUACAUCGGGAGCUCAUGGAAUCUGCGGGCGAGUAUGCUACCGACGUGUUGGACUUGAUCGGCAGAUGGUUUGAUUAUUAG